AUGGGCGAUCCCCCGUGUAAGAGUGAGGUGGAGGAGGACAUUCCAGGAGAUGUGACCACAGAAAAUCUCAGUAGAAACUCUGAAGAAAACUUCACGUUAUCACAGAAUGGUAAAGUAGAAGAGGAAGAUCUCGUGCAGUGCUCGUCCCGAGAAAACCUCAUUACCAGAAAUGUGCAUCCUGGACUUCAUAAUACAGAUCUGUCACAUUAUCCGGCUAAGUGUGAGGAACCUUCUCCUGACCAAUCACAGAUUGGUGCCACAAGUACAGAUCAGAAAGAGGAAACAAGUUUUCAGUGCUGGGAAUGUGGAAAACAGUUUUCAUACCGCUCAGGUCUUCUUAUGCACAGAAAAAUUCACAUAGAAGUGAAGCUGUACUCCUGUUCAGAAUGUGGGAAACGUUUCGCAGACAAACCAAGGCUUGUUGCCCAUGAAAAAAUUCACUCAAGGGAUAAACCAUAUUCAUGUUCAGAAUGUGGGAAAUGUUUUGCAAAUAGAUCACAUCUUGUUACCCAUGAGAGAACUCACACAGGGGAGAAGCCGUAUUCAUGUUUAGAAUGUGGGAAAAGUUACACAAAUAAAUCACAACUUCUUAACCAUGAAAGAGUUCACACAGGAGAGAGGCCGUAUUCAUGUUCAUUAUGUGGGAAACGUUUUAGAUAUAAAUCACAGAUUGGUUAUCAUGAAAGAAGUCACACAGGCGAAAGGCCAUACAAAUGUUCUGAAUGUGAGAAAUGUUUUCCUGAUAAAGUACAACUUGCUAGCCAUAGGAGAGUUCACACAGGAGAGAGGCCGUAUUCAUGUUCAGAAUGUGGGAAAUGCUUUGCAGUGAAAGCAGGUCUUUCUGCACAUCAGAGAAUUCACAGAGGAGAAAAACCAUACCCAUGUCCUGAAUGUGGAAAAUGUUUUCGUGAUAAAGCACAACUUGCUAUUCAUAAGAGAGUUCACACAGGAGAGGGACUGUAUUCAUGUUCAGAAUGUGGGAAAUGUUUUCCACGAAAAACACCUCUUGUUAUACAUGAGAGAAUUCAUACAGGUGAGAAGCCAUAUUCAUGUUUGAAAUGUGGGAAAUCUUUUGCUGUUAAAUCAAGUCUUUCUACGCAUCAGAAAACCGGGAAAUGUGUCACAGCUUUAGUCAUAUCAGAGUUCACAAAGGAGAAAAGCCGUAAUCAUGUUCAGAAUGUUCCCCCGUGUAAGAGUGAGGUGGAGGAGGACAUUCCAGUCCAUGUGACUACAGAAAAUCUCAGUAGGAACUCUGAAGAAAACUUCAUGUUAUCUCAGAACGAUAAAGUAGAAGAUGAAGAUCUCAUGCAGUGCUCGUCACAAGAAAACCUCAUUGCUAGAAAUGUACAUUCUGGACUUCAUAAUACAGAUCUGUCACAUUAUCCGGCUAAGUGUGAGGAACCUUCUCCUGACCAAUCACAGAUUGGUGCCACAAGUACAGAUCAGAAAGAGGAAACAAGUUUUCAGUGCUGGGAAUGUGGAAAACAGUUUCCAUACCGCUCAGGUCUUCUUAUGCACAGAAAAAUUCACAUAGAAGUGAAGCUGUAUUCCUGUUCAGAAUGUGGGAAACGUUUCGCAGACAAACCAAGGCUUGUUGCCCAUGAAAAAAUUCAUUCAAGGGAGAAACCAUAUUCAUGUUCAGAAUGUGGGAAAUGUUUUGCAAAUAGAUCACAUCUUGUUACCCAUGAGAGAACUCACACAGGAGAGAAGCCAUAUUCAUGUUUAGAAUGUGGGAAAAGUUAUACAGAUAAAUCACAACUUGUUAACCAUGAGAGAGUUCACACAGGAGAGAGGCCGUAUUCAUGUUCUUUAUGUGGGAAACGUUUUAGACAUAAAGCACAGCUUGGUUAUCACGAGAGAAGUCACACAGGAGAAAAGCCAUACAAAUGUUCUGAAUGUGAGAAAUGUUUUCCUGAUAAAGCACAACUUGCUCUCCAUCAGAGAGUUCACACAGGAGAGAGGCCGUAUUCAUGUUCAGAAUGUGGGAAAUGCUUUACAGCAAAAUCAGGUCUUUCUGCACAUCAGAGAAUUCACACAGGAGAAACUUCAUACCCAUGUCCUGAAUGUGGAAAAUGUUUUCGUCAUAAAAAACAACUUACAAGCCAUAACAGAAUUCACACAGGAGAGGGACUGUAUUCAUGUUCAGAAUGUGGGAAAUGUUUCACAGAAAAAUCACCUCUUGUUGUACAUGAGAGAACUCACACAGGAGAGAAGCCAUAUUCAUGUUUAAAAUGUGGGAAAUGUUUUGCUGUUAACGCAAGUCUUAUUACACAUAAGAAAACUGGGAAAUGUGUUGCUACUAAUUUGCAACUUUAGUCAUAUCAGAGUUCACACAGAAGAAAAGCAGUAUUCGUGUCCAGAAUGUGAGAAAUGUUUCUUAAAAGGGGCAAAUUGGGUUAUACAUGAGAAAAAUCACAAAGGAGAGGGUUAUUUAUGUCCAGAAUGUGGGAAAUAUUAUUCAAGUAAAUCAAAUCUUGCUGGACAUGUCAGAGUUCACACAGGAGAGAAACCAUAUUCAUGUUCAGAAUGUAAGCACUGUUUUAUUUCUACAGCCAGUCGUAUGCAUCAUCAGAAGAGUUACUGUACAGAAGCCGUUUUGAUGUUCUUCAUAUCGAAAAUGUUUUACCCACAAACCAAAUUUAGAAAAAUUCUCACACAGAAAAUACUGUAUUCUUGUAUGGAAUGUGGGAAAUGUAAUAAAAGCAAGAAAUAUG